AUGCCUCAGUUACUGCGCAACAUUAAUGGGAUCAUCGAGGCCUUCGAGCGCUAUGCCAGGACAGAGGGUGACUGCAAAGUUCUCACCAGGGGAGAACUGAAAAGGCUCCUGGAGCAAGAGUUUGCUGAUGUCAUCGUGAAACCGCAUGAUCCAGCCACUGUGGAUGAAGUCCUGCGUCUGCUGGACGAAGACAACACGGGAACUGUGGAAUUCAAAGAAUUUCUGGUUUUGGUGUUUAAAGUUGCCCAGGCCUGCUUCAAAACCCUGAGUGAGAGUCCUGGGGGCGCUUGCGGACCCCAAGAGCCUGGAAGUCACACCCCUGGGGUCUCGAAAGAGCUGGAAGGACAGAGAAGUGGCUCUGAAGUAGGAAGAACCGGAGGAGGACAGCAGCAAGAGGGGAGCAGCCGUGGACCACGGGAGCAAGCUUCCGGGGGGCAGGCCGGGCUGGCCACUCGGACCCAGGGCCAGGACUUUAGCUCUACUCAAGGCAGUGGCCGUCACAGGCAGGCUGAGUCUCAGAGACAGGAGGGGGGUCAUGUGGAACAGACCCAGAGAGUGGGAGGUGCCAAGAGUCACCAGGCCAGAGGCAGGGCGUCAGAGGGACAGGUGCAGACCAGGGGACUGGAAGGUGAAAGUGUGACAGCAACCGGCACUCAGACCCAGACAGGCACCACCCAGACUGUGGAGCAGGAUAGAAGCCAGCAAGGAGGAAGCACCACAGGGCAUGCAGGGACCAGAGAACAAGGACAGACCCAGACACAGUCGGGCCACAGUCAAAGGUGGACACAAGUGACCAACUAUGAGGCAGGAAAGCCAGUGCAGGGAGGACAGGUGCAGACUGACCCAAACACUCUGACGGGCGGGCAGGAUGGGAGCAGCACUCAGCCGGAGGGCAGCAUGGCCGGAGGGCAGGGACAGAGCUGGUCCACAGAGGUACACCGCGAGUGGGUGGACGACCACUCGAGGGAGACAGUGUUCCCCACACCACAGGACCAGGGUGGCGCAAACACUCUGACUGGCGGGCAGGACGGGAGCAGCACUCAGCCGGAGGGCAGCGUGGCCGGAGGGCAGGGACAGAGCUGGUCCACAGAGGUACACCGCGAGUGGGUGGACGACCACUCGAGGGAGACAGUGUUCCCCACACCGCAGGACCAGGGUGGCGCAAACACUCUGACUGGCGGGCAGGACGGGAGCAGCACUCAGCCGGAGGGCAGCGUGGCCAGAGGGCAGGGACAGAGCUGGUCCACAGAGGUACACUGCGAGUGGGUGGAUGACCACUUGAAGAAUACGGUGUCCCCCCCGCAGGACCAGGGUGGCUUGUAG